AAAGCAAACCUCUCUCUUCUGAGGCGACCUGGGGAGAAGACCUAUACUCAGCGUUGCCGCUUGUUUGUUGGGAAUUUGCCUGCAGAUAUAACAGACGAAGACUUUAAAAGACUGUUUGCCAAAUAUGGGGAGCCAGGAGAGGUUUUUAUCAACAAGGGGAAAGGCUUUGGAUUCAUUAAAUUGGAAUCUAGAGCUCUUGCAGAAAUUGCGAAGGCAGAACUGGAUGAUACCCCCAUGAGGGGUCGACAGCUUCGUGUUCGGUUUGCUACACAUGCCGCUGCUCUUUCAGUGCGUAAUCUUUCACCCUAUGUGUCCAACGAGUUGCUGGAGGAAGCUUUUUCCCAGUUUGGUCCAGUGGAAAGAGCUGUUGUGAUUGUAGAUGAUAGAGGUAGAUCAACAGGAAAAGGCAUUGUUGAAUUUGCAUCAAAGCCAGCUGCAAGAAAAGCUUUUGAACGGUGUACUGAAGGAGUGUUUUUGUUGACAACCACUCCUAGGCCUGUUAUUGUGGAACCAUUGGAACAACUGGAUGAUGAAGAUGGUCUUCCAGAAAAACUUGCUCAGAAGAAUCCAAUGUAUCAAAAUUACCUGUGGAUUUCCCUUAUGAAGCUGACCACUGGGCAUAAAAGGGGAAAAAAACGUUUUGCUCAGCCUGGCAGUUUUGAAUUUGAAUAUUCCCAGAGGUGGAAAUCUUUAGAUGAAAUGGAAAAACAGCAGAGAGAGCAAGUGGCAAAAAACAUGAAAGAUGCCAAGGACAAACUUGAAAGUGAGAUGGAAGAUGCUUAUCAUGAGCAUCAGGCAAACCUCUUGCGUCAAGACCUUAUGAGGCGUCAGGAGGAGCUGAGACGUAUGGAAGAACUCCAUAAUCAAGAAAUGCAGAAACGCAAGGAAAUUCAACUGAGGCAGGAGGAGGAGCGUCGCAGGCGGGAAGAGGAAAUGAUGAUACGUCAGCGGGAGAUGGAAGAACAAAUGAGAAGACAGAGGGAAGAGAAUUAUAGUAGAAUGGGUUACAUGGAUCCAAGGGAGAGAGACAUGAGAAUGGGUGGUGCCACCACAAUGAACAUGGGAGAUCCUUAUGCUUCUGCAGCCCAGAAAUUUCCACCUCUUGGAGGUGGUGGCGGCAUAGGUUAUGAAGCUAAUCCAGGAGUUGGCCAAGCAGCCAUGAGUGGUUCUAUGAUGGGAAGUGACAUGCGUCCUGAACGCUUUGGGCAGGGAGGUGCGGGGCCUGUGGGUGGCCAGGGUCCUAGAGGAAUGGGGCCUGGAACACCAACAGGAUAUGGUAGAGGGAGAGAAGAAUAUGAAGGCCCAAACAAAAAGCCCCGAUUUUAGAUGUGACCUGUAGUUUCAUUCCAGUUUGUUUUUUGUCUGUCUUGUUUAGACACCAACUUUUUAAUUCUUGCAUUUUAGUAAGAAAGCUACGUUUUUAUGGAUGUUAGAAACUUACUGACCUAAUAUUUGUAAGUGGUCUGUUUGGGCGAGUACAAUUUAAUUAUGUAAUGCAGUGUUUCAAAACAAAUUUAGCUGUUUUUUUGAUGUAUAACGUCCCUAACUUGAUGGCAGUGUACCUUGUGCCACUGAAUUCCCAAAGUGUACCAACUUUUUUUUACUGUGCUUCAAAUAAAUAGAAAACUAAA